CAGAAACGCAAUUGUGAUCUGACUGGUUCAUCUUGACGAAACCGUUUCCUUGCUGUGCAAUCUCGCCUCCAAGUCUGUAAUACUGAGAGGCAGUGAGUGUAUCGCGUGUUCGUUGUGCAUCACAGUAGGGAAAUGCUGUGCCGAGGACACAAAAACAGCCUGUCCUCUGCAACAACUCACACUGUUUUGGCCUCGCUGAGUUCCACUUCCUGUCACCUUGCAUUUGAAGCCUUCCUUUCUCCCUCACCUGCAGCUGCAUCUGCACAGCCACUCUGCUUGACCUGAACGCUAGGUUCACACUACUGUGACCCAGAAUAGGGACGAGGGGAUCCCCAAUAGAUUGCCGCGCUUUCGCCAUCAGCAUUUCUAUUGGGCCGGAUACCCUAGUCUCGUGCCUUUCGAUGCAUCUUCCCAGUUUCUGUUGCCUGUGAACUUGGGUCAACCUCUUGUCUCAUGGAUAUAAAGAGAUUAAUAGUGCCAUUUCUGGAUAAAAUCUAAGGAGUCGCUUUGGAGGUUGAAGGUGGAACAUAAAGCAAUGCAGUUUGUUUGCUAGUUGAUAUUAGUCAAUCGUUUGGUGGUUAGGUAAUGUACUAGGUUAACACAGCGGUCCUAAGAUGUUCCCUUCCUUGACCAGAACAAUCGAUAGACAAUCCGAAAUGCAUCAUGAAUCAUCUAACUAAUCAGACCAAGGAGUGUGCCGCUUGCUACAUAUUUACAUACCAGGAGUCACUGUACUGGGACUUUCUUCAGUUGCAGCAGUUCUUGUCGCCUUUCAUAAAUAUGGAGAUGUCAUCAAUAUUAUAGUACGAGUCAACAUAAUGCAUCUGUUGCUCUCAGCCUGGUUUCGACAGCCAACAUCAUAUUAUACUCGCCAAAUCGGCUCUUCUCGGUUCUUCACCAGAAAUCACAGCUGGCUCCAGUCUGUGGGCACAAAACCAGCCUUCAAACCAUCGUCUCAGCAACUGAGGAUCGCAAAACUCUGCGCUGACCAGAAUGUCGUGGUAUCAGCAAGACCCGGAUCAGGCAAAACCGCCACCAUAGAAGCUAUUGCGGCUGCACACCCUGAUAAAAGAAUUGGCAGUAUUCUCUUCUCAAAGAGGCUUCAGAGUGAAACAUCUCAUCGUCUGAACAAGUACCACAAUAGCGAUGUAUACACUUUCCAUGGCAUGGCGGGUGUCCUCCUUGGACAAGUGGUUCCGAGUGAUGGAGCACUCAUCAAGCUCUUGGAGAAUAUCGAUAAGUGCAGCAAACUUCCACGAUGGACCUCAACACCUUUCGACAUCAUUGUACUGGACGAGUUUCAGGACUGCAAUCCAGAAACCUUCUGGCUAGUCGAGUGCUUUGUCCGGGCCAACAACCUUAGGAAAGGAGGCCAGCCUGCGCGCAUAGUCGUCCUCGGCGACGAGCGCCAAUCGAUAUACCGCUUUCGCGGUGCUGACCCUCGCUAUCUGACUCUGGCCCCUGAGGUGCUAGGCCCAAUCAGUCCCUAUCCCUUUGCAGAAGUUCAGUUAGGCAACAGUUUCAGGCUGUCCUCAUCGACUGUCCAGUUCAUCAACCGUGUCUUCCUCGGUGGAGAGCAGUACAUCUCCAGCUCGAAGCGUGGUCCAAAGCCCAUUGUCCUGAGAUGCAAUAUUUGGGACAGUUUGGCAUUGGCUAGAGCGAUUUCCCCCCUGGUAAAACGUUACAAGCCUGAGAACUGCGUGAUAAUAGCACCCUCCGUUCGUACGAGAGGACCAUUGCAAGAACUUAUAAAUGCAUUGACUCAGGUCUGUGAUUUGCCGAUACAUGUACCUCCUGAUGAGGAAACACCUCUCAACGACAAGGUGAUCAAAGGAAAGUUGUGCAUCUCUACGAUACAUCAGUUCAAGGGUCGAGAGCGUAAACUUGUCAUUCUUCUUGGCAUCGAUGCCUCCUAUUUCGAGUUCUUCGGCCGCGACUUGCCAGAUGACAGCUGUCCCAACGAAGUUUUUGUGGCUCUAACGCGCUCUCUGCAACAACUCGUAUUGGUCCACAAUGAUGAGAGUAAGAUGAUGCCUUGUGUAUCCCUCGAUUCUCUGUACGACACCGCCAAGAUAGUCAACUUGACAACGAUACGAACAAAAAUUCCACAACCUGAUCUACCUGGACGCCCCCUAGAGUUGGGGCUUAUGCUUCCAAAAUCUUGCGGAGCCCGUGAAAUAACGCGGUAUGUCCAGGGCGAUGCUCUUGAUAAAAUUGUCGAGCGCCAUCUUCAUGUAGACAGGAUAGCGCCUCCUCUCCCUCGCCAUGAACACAUCAACAUAAGAAAUGUGGUACCCUCGGAUCUAAAAAGGGGGUUCUAUGAGUCUGUUAGCGACAUCAAUGGCCUUGUUAUUGCCGCAGCUCUGGAACUAGCAACAGCCGGAACAUUAAGGUCACUAGGACGACCAAGUAAAGGAGAGGUUGAUGAAACUUUGUCAAAAUGCCCCGAGAAGCUUGUUGCUUGGCUUUGCCGGAAAGCUUGCGAGUAUGAAGCGAGUCUCUCGGGCUAUCUACCGCGCGUGAUUCAGAUGAAAGACCACAAGUAUGACUGGAUCAAGCCCGAAGACCUCAGCCUUGCUCGGCGUCGACUUGAUAGUGAGCUGGUGGGUUCUGCCCGAAAGCUGGAUUUUGAAGUUGAGAUGCAGCAGCAAUUCUAUAUCGAUGGCCAAGAAACUCAACUCUGUGGUCGAGCAGAUAUUGUAAACAAUUCCGCAACCGAGAGCAAUGACGACAUGGAUAAUCGAACAAUAUGGGAGAUCAAGUUCGUCUUAAGCCUUUCCAACGAACAUAUCAUACAGGCUUGCGUUUAUGCCUACUUGUCAGGCUCAGAGUCUGGAAAGUUACCACGCAUCAUACUGUACAAUGUGUGAGAUGGGGACAAGCGCGAGAUCAUACCACGUCAUGGAAUAGAGGGGUUGAGACAACUGAUCACAAGUGUUCUUAGACUUCGAUAUACUUCGAAAGAAGAGAUGACAUACGAAGAAUUCAUCAAACGGUGUGGCAAGACAACGCGGAAGGUGAUGAAUCUCAGUGAUGGGUCAUAGUGAAAGUCUAGAAGCAAAAGUUAAUCAUGAGACUCGGGAAGAGGGUAAGACUCACCGAGAUGCUUCACAACAUAGAGAUCUAUUCAUUCUAGAACAUUGAAGUUUCACAAUUCCUAUUUAAGGGGCAUAAUUUCUGUAUGUAGAGUCAUCUAGACCAUAUCUCAAACUUAGUCUCAUAGAAACUGCUGAGGUCAUGGGGCAGGGAGGCUUGCCAGGCAGAGCGUUGAAAGCAUGUUUAUUCGACCUCUCUUUCACUAUAUCAUUGGGAUAUCAAGAGUCUUCGUAAGUUCAAGCAUUGCAUGAUUGUAAGAUGUGAACUCUUCAUGCUCCAUCAGAGACCAACGUGACUUGCGUUGAUGUGACCAUCAG